AUGCAUGUAGAACAACCCGUCUAUCAAGUGAUUUACCACACUCCUGAAUAUGAGCUUCGCAAGUACGGUCCGCAAGUUAGAGCCACCUUCUAUCAAGAUGAUCAACACAGUGAAAAAUCUCAAUUUAUGGUCGUGGCAAGAUACAUCUUUGGUAGCAACAAAGGCUCGAACGGUGAAAAGGAAGUUAUUUCCAUGACAGCCCCUGUGCUGAUGGACUCGGCUGACAAAGAAUCACGCUCCAUGUCUUUCAUAAUGCCAAGCAAGUAUCGCACUACUGCCGAUCUCCCAAAACCGUUAGAUCCCAGAGUAGUUUUAGAAGAUGUUGGAGAGACUACCAUGGCUGCAGUAACCUUUAGCGGGAUGAUGAAUGAAGAUAAAUGCAAGCAGCUGGAAUCCAAGCUACGCGAGGAUUGUAAGAAGGAUGGGAUAGUCUUGGACGUUGGCGACAAGAGCCACAUUAGGUCUGAACUCGAGCCAAUAUUUAAGUAA